AUGAAAUUCUUAUUAUUUUUAUUAUUUUUAGUAAAUUAUUCAAUUGCGGAAGAUUGUGGGUUUCCAUCUGGAAAUAAUGUAACCACCGCUCCCUUUAACCAAUAUGUAAAAAUUACAAGAUGUGAAAAGUAUUACGACCAUCCAGGUUAUGAGCCAUGUUAUAUUUUGUUCAAAGGUGAUAUGAAUAUGGGUGAUUAUUUCGCUGAUAGUCGUACAGUUAAUAAUAACACUUUUCAAUAUAUGGGUGGUGGGAAAGUUUGCUAUAGUGUUUAUAAAGAUAUUGGAGAGUGCAGUUUUAGAAACGCAAUAAAAGGAUGUGAAAAAUAUUGUGUUUAUAAUUAUACCGUUAUUAACUUUGAAACUAUUUAUGAUUACUUUAGUUGCAACCCUAAAGUAGAGAUGAAAUAUUAUAUUCAAUAUGAAAUUUCAUACCCAAGCUCAUCCAAUAGAACAAUGUGUUCUAUGCUUUCAUUGCUAUUGGUAUUCAUAGUUGGUUUAUUACUUUAA